GCUCGCGAAGCACCUCCGCUCCUUCUUGGUUCAAUCUUCCAUUUCGGUCCUCUGAACGGUCCUCUGGCUACCCUCAUUUCUCGCGGCUACGUUUUUCUCUCCUUUUUCCAUCUCAGCGCCUUUCUUUUCUGUAUUCCUAAGGAUUCUACCUUUUGGUAUUUGCAGGUAUACUUUACCUCCGAGGAUGCGUAUACAGUACUUGAACCACCCCUACAGGCAUAUAACACACAGGCGUUUCAAAAUUUCUGUCGUAUUCCUGGCAGGUCAUGCAGUCAAUAUCAUACCAAGACUUUGAAUCAACGCCCUUUACUCCGACAUCGUUUUCGUCUCCGAGAUCUUCAUUUUCCUCGCCGUUGUCUGCCGCAGAACGAAGCUGGCAUGCCUCAAGCCCCCACCGGUCUAGAUCCACCCCCAGGGACCUCGGUAUGCCUCAUCUCCGAGACGAAGACAUUACCGCAGACAUGUUGCUGGAGGACACUUGCAAAAGAUUCUCGUCGGCAACAAUGGCAGAAUCGGAAGAUCAAAACGCCGGUUUCUGCUCUGUUGAUCUCCGGCAGCCCCCUAUUGACCCCCGCAGGUCGCGUCGUCGCUGCAUGAACUUUGGCUUUGGCAGAGAAGAACUCCAUCCUACGACCCCUUCACCUGUGCAGACGAAAUCACAGCACGAGGAAAGAGAUGAUACAAGCAGUUCUGUUUCUACACCUUUGGGAACUUUUACGGGAACAGAAUCAGACUUUUCCUCACUCAAAGACAUAGAGCUUGAAUUUCCCCAGCCACCUCCGAUUGGACCUAUCAUUCGUCGCAUGCAAAGUUCACCAUCCUUCGCAGAAUGCUCACACGCGUUUAGCGAACAUUACACAACGGUGAAUGCUCAUUCAUUCCGUCAUACCAGCUCCUGGAGUAGAACUGUAUCGGAACGACAACUCGACACGUCCCACGAGGUGUCGCUCUCUUCAACCUUUCAGACUACUGGCGGGAGAACGGACGGUCUCUCGAAGGAACUUGGAGCAGGUAUAGAUCAUGAGUCCCUGAUACUCAAUGCGGUCAACACCAGUUGCGCUGCCCGCUGGCAGAAAAACCAUCGAGCAUCUAAACCUUCGGAUCCCCAUUUACCCAUUGCUCAUGCCCGGCCUCAGAGCCGUGAUUCGCAUGCUACGCCAAAAGGCGGCCUACCCCAUGAACAGAACCACACAAAACCUGCAUCGGCACCCACUCAUAACCGCAUGCCAAGGAUCAUACGCCGUGUCGUUAGCCUGACAACGUCUCCGAAAAAUGAACAUAGCUCCCCUCCUCCAUCGCGGACGAUCCACAAAAUGCGGUCAUUGAAAUUUGUUCCCUUUUCCGAGUCACAGUAUUGCACAGAGUCCGAAAGAUCAAAGCCACCACCAAAGUGCCAGCUACGUGGCCGGUCGAUAUCGAUGGAAUUCCAGAAGGGCAGACCCAGUGCUCACGGGCGUUCUCUUUUCACCUUGUCGUCGAGCAACGUCAAACAAAAACCGUCUCAUAAGUCGAACCUCUCCUUACCUCUUGCGGGGCUUGGCCCAUCCGCUGGUAGCCAGGCGGAUUCCAAUCCACUAAUUUCCAAACGGCCAGCGACCCAGGUUUGGCAUUGUCCCGUUGUCCAAGACACAGACAACAGUGGCGUAGGCUUGACAUCUUUCAUGGACAUCACCCCCGAACACAAACCGCACCACAAAUCUGCUCAUGCCGUGGGUAGAGAUCGGGUCCGCGCUCUAUGGCAGAAAGCCAGCCAUGGUAUACUUGGUUGGGGGAAGACACUCAGAAAGAAGACGUAAAAACUUGUACCCUCACUCGAUUUGUAGGAUUUUGGAGUCACCCAUCGGGUUCACAUCUAUCGUAGAUAUGUGUAUGUAUUGUAAUUAGGCCUUGUAUCAUUUUCACGAAUUGUACACCUUUUGU